AGCGGCAUGGUGAUCGACGGCGACAACGCUGUUGCCCUGCUGGACCGGGCGAGUCCCCUACCCGAGCGCCAGGUGCUGACUUACACGGACUUUGAGCGCCGCCAACCGCGGGAGGCUAGCCCGUCCUCCCCGCUACCGGGAGACGUGGUGUUGGUGGCCGAGAAGGAGAGUUUACCGGCCAGCAGAUUUUCUCUCGGUCAGUGCAGCGAGUACUUCCGUGAUCACCAGUUCAGCACCAUGGACAGCGGUGACUCCAGCUUCAGGCCCUGUUUCCGGCUGGAUGGCGUCACGGCGGCAGCGGUUAGCGCGGUGGUUCACUUCUCCUACACCGGGCAGCUCAGCGUCGGCAUGGACAACAUCAGGGAACUGCUGCAAGCCAGUCGGAAACUCGGGGUGACCGGGAUGGAAUACCUGUGCUUACGGUUCCUGCGGCAACACCUUGAUACCAACAGAUGUGUGGAGGUGUUGAACAUCGCCAUCGAGUACAAGCUGAGAGCUCUGGAGGAAACGGCCCGAAAUUACGUCAUCGAAAACUUCAACGACGUGUCGGCUACUGAUGGGUUUUUAAAGCUUAGCGUUAGACAGAUAUGUGCCGUUCUGGGGAGUGAUAAUCUGGACACUGACUCGGAAAUUGAGAUUUUCCGGUCCGCGAAGCGUUGGGUAGAGGCCGAGCCAGGCUCCCGCUUGAAGCAUGUCGGGAAGGUGAUGCGCAAUGUGCGCUUCCCGCUCAUGAACCGGUACCGACUGAAACACGAGGUUUCUAACGUGGACUUCAUGAAGAAAGACCGCGACUGCGAAGCCAUACUCCUCCACGCCAUGGACUACCGGGCCGGCAUCGACCAUCACCGCGUGCACGACUACGAGAAUGAGCGGACGCAGGUCCGGGGCGGUGCGGAGGUUGUGGUGGUAGCGGGCGGUGAUUACGACGUUCCCGACCACGCUCAGUACAGCGACAACCUGCUGUACCUCCAGCCUGGACAGGACUCCCCCGGCCUGCUGGCCGACAUGUCCGGGAACGUCACGGGCCACGCCGCCGCCGUCCUCGACAACUUCUUCUACGUGGCCGGCGGGUGUUUCGACGGCGGCCCGCCCAGCGCCGACUUUCACCGCUACGACCCGAGGUUUAACCGCUGGACUAGACUACCGUCCAUGAAGCAGGGUCGGACGGGCUUCGUUCUCUUAACCCUAGACGGAUGUAUCUGGGCUAUCGGCUCGGGUUACGAGAUGCGCGGACGCAUGUUUCCUAUUGAAAGAUACACUCCACACAAGGACAAGUGGGAACUGAAGUCCAGUAUCGGCGCGCAGGUCCAGGCCGCGGGAGGAGCCGUCCUGAACGGUUACAUCUACUUCACGGGAGGCAUGGCGGGCUCGCACCGCGACCAGACCAGGAAAGACGUGCUGAAGUACUCCCCGGAGGGCGACUACUGGCAGGACGUGCAGAGCAUGCGGAAGAAGCGGUGGGGGCACUCGUCGGUGGCGUGCUGCGGCAAGCUGUACUCCAUCGGAGGCUGUAACGGAGCCCGGGAACUUCUGUCGUCGGAGUGCUACUCACCAGCCACCGACCAGUGGUCCGCCGUAGCCUGGAUGAGGUUUCCGCGCCACCUGGCGGGUUGCACGGUCCUGCAGGACAGGAUCUGGCUAGUUGGCGGGAAGAACCGUCGGAACGGCGCGCUGACGGACGUGUGGUGCCUGGACCCCCGCGCUAACAGGUGGUACCGCCAGGACACCGUGCUGACGGUGACUCGCACAACAACUUUCCAUAUUCAAAAUGCAGAGAAGGUGUACUGUCAAAGCGGUAGUGUAAACAACAUGAUGAUGGAAAAGCAGGAUGAAGAACGGCAGCCAGUUGACCAGGAAGGCUCCCAGGAACCAUUGCAGGGACAGGGAGGCCCUCCUGUGAAGUUAACACAGGUCACACUGAGGAUGCUGUCCAUGCUUGCCCUCUGCAAGCCAGAAGUCCCACUCCCAGUCAGGGUCUUACUUCACAUUGAAAAGUGUGCAGUCAAUGGUGUAAGACACAGGGUAGUUAGUAAGGACAUGCAUCAAAGUGAGAUAAAAGACAUACUGAAUCUUAGCUGUGACCCUUUUGAUGACAGCAAUAGCAAUGAGAUGUUCUGUAUCUCACAGGGAAAAUGUGAUGAAUAUUCGUUGAGUUGUUCUCCUCAAGCCUAUCAUUAUCCUGUCUCUGAUAUGGAAGAAGUCUUUAGGAACUGCUUCUGUGUGGAAGAUGAUAAAGACUGGGACUUGUUGAAGAAACUUUUGCCCCAUCUUGAUAAUUGGUAUUCUCAUGCUGAAAAGUGUGGUGUGGAAAGGGAGUUGCCCAUUGGCUUUCUGCGUGCUUGCUUGCAUGCAUUUGGAAAGUUCCGUUGUGAUGGCUGGGGCAAAAGAGCCAAAAUGCUGGCUGAUAAAUGCAUCAGGUAUUGUGAGAACAGCGGUUCAGAUGAGGUAGAUGAGAAGGAACGUACCCGUGAAAUUGGUGAGUACUACAGAAAGCUGGGGAAAUACGAGCUGUCUGAAAAGCACCUUAAUGCAGCCUUGGAAAUAGGCAAAGCUAAGUCUGACCUAACUCUUCAGAUUACAAGAAUGUAUCUAGCCAGAUGCAAGGUGGACAAAGGGGAGUAUCGUGAGGCUGAAAGUCUGAUAGACGGCUGUCUAUCAUCCCCAGAUGUUAAGUCUCUUGAGGAGAAGACUGAGCGCCCAUACCUUAGAGGCAGAAUGUAUUUUGAGAAGGCUAGGUGUUCUAACAGGCUCCACAAGUACACUGAAGCCUAUGACUUCUGCUCCAAGGCUGUUACGGUUUCAGGUUCUGACAGUUUUAGGUACCCACAGUAUGCAAUGUAUUGUGCCUUCAUCUUGGUCCAGAAAGAACUUAAAACAGACAACCCUAAUGAAGCCGUGCUAAAUGAAGCCCUGGGAAAGUGCGAAAGGGCAAAAACUAUCAUGAAGGACAGGCAUGGGGAUAACCACCACCAAAUGGCUCAACUCCUCUGUAUUGAAGUCAAAAUUUGGCUGUCAAAGAAAGACCCUGAAAUCGCCUUGCUGAAGGCUAAAGAUGCACUAAGCAUCACGAAACGAAAGUAUGGACCAGACCAUAACAACGUCGCUAAAGUCUAUGAUCUUUUGGGUGACAUUCAUUGCCAGAAAGGAAACAUGCAAAAAGCUAACAAAGCUUACAAAAUGGCAAUAUUCAUUUAUGGAGAAGAGCACUCUCAUUCUGAGGACAUCAAAGGCAAAUGUGAGAAACUGAAGGAGAGUCAGGGCAAUUCUUUUGACCCAAAAGAAUGUGACAGGACAGAGCUUGACAAGGAGCUAGUGAAGUGAAGCCUUAACUUUUCCAUUGGCUCUAAAUCAACUUUGAAAGAUGUUUUGGCUUUUUGGUUCACUGUAAAUGGAGAAGUCCCAUCCCUCAUGUACAAAGUGUAGAUUAAUCAGCUUUGUAAAUAUCACAGAAAGACAAAGCCAGAGAUACGUUCAUGUACAUAAUCAAGAUCAGCAAGUGUUGUGAUCUCUUCCACGAGCCCAUGUGGUGCAUCAUUCAUAUUGUAUAGCCACUGUACAGCAGGAAUGCCACAUUGGCUGAUGUCAAUUAAACUUAGCUUUUUGUGGGAAAAUUGGUAUUGAAAAGCCCAUACAUGGUUUUACAAUUGGCAGGUAUAGGUUAAUACAUAAUGAUAUAAGCAUAGUUAUCUGUUAAAGUCUAGGUGUUCUUAGUUCUUACACUUUUAGUUUGAAAACUGCCAUGCAUUGACAUUGUACAUAGCAGGUAGAGUAGAGGUUUGCAUCCAAACUUUACACAGGCAUGUUAAUAAUGUGGCCGGUUUCAGGAUAAUCUGUAACUCCUAAAGACUUUGUCCUUUUUAUAUGUAUAGUGUACAGUGAUAUAGAAACAUUGAGCCAAGUUCCAUAAGAACAAAAGCUUCUACUGUGCCUUUAUUUACAAAUAAUUCAUGCCAAAUUUGCUCUUCCAAAUAUUCACAUAUUCUAGGAAUUGUUGGAGUUUAGAUGGUCUAUGCAACUUUGAAGGUUUUAAUUUUUACACCCUAUCUAUACAGUGAAUAUGUAGAAGGCUGACUGAGUUCAUUAUAUUCAAUAACUCUGUACACACAAGCUAAGUCUAAAACAUAACAAAAAAGUAAGGUAUAGUUGCAGCUUUGAGGCAUUUUUAACAUCCAUCUGUAAAUCUACCGUAACAUAAGUUGACCUUGAAUGUUUAUACAUUUUUGUACAUGACUUGUACAUAAUGUUUGGUGAAGUUGAAUUUGUAUUUCUGAAAUAAACAAUUUGUCUGAAG